CAGUUCGCCUCUUGCGGUCUGGAGAGGCAUGUCAUGUGCAUUCUGCGGUCCAUCUUUUAAGGAUUUGACACCAGAACUUUUAGGACCGCUCAUGAAUAUACCUUGGAGGAGGUUCUUUCUCUCUUGAUUUAUUUAUAAAUAGGAGGAUCCAAGCCUGACACCACCAUAUCAAUCCCAAAAGCUGCGAUUGAGUGGAACUACUUUCCGACUUGAUAACAAACCUCAGGUUUAAGGAUUCCAGAUCUGUUUUCGUCUGUGUUGAUGGAUAUCUAGCAUCUGUAAAGUGUGAUUUUGAUCUUCAUUUUAAAAUCAGUUGAGUAAAAAAAAAAUUUGUUUCUUCUGAGAUUGGAAGUUAUAAUUCUUGGUGCCCUCUGGGUGAAACCCAUUGAAGAACAUUGCUGGUAUACGAUCCUGUGUCAAGUGUUUUGAUCGAACGGAAAGAGAAGUCCCGAAUGUGAUACCUAACCAGCACUUAACUGUGAAGAAUGAUGUAUCAUUUAACUCUGAAACUGGAUGAAUAACGCAUUUUCCGGAUGAAUAUUGCUCUGUGAAGAUUCUUAUCCUCGGUCUUCAAUUUCAAAUACACAGGUUGCUGAGUUGAAAGGAUGUCAUUGAGAUGCGUCUGAUGUCUCGUCGCUCCUGCUUCAGGACUCUCCUCUUCCUCUUAGCAACAUCUUCUUUCAUCACAUUCACAUUCCUCCUCCGUUGCCAUGGGGGCUCCAGGCCCGAAGACGAGGCAAAUGCAGAGCUCCUCAUAGCAGCCCGCGGUAACGUUGGCGAAGUCGGCAACACCAUCAUCGAUAUCAACAGCAUUGACUCACGACCGGAAGAUGUCCCAUCUCGGCGCCACAUUGCAGAACACCGCCAGGAUGUGCAGCUCCAGCAGCAAACCCAGCCGAAGCAGCAACAGACACAGUCCCAGCAGAAGCAGCUGGCGUCGCAAUCGCUGCAGAAGCAGCAACAGACACACUCCCAGCAGAAGCAGCAGACGUUGCAAUCACAGCAACAUCAAGAGAUGCAGCCACAGGAGCAACGGAGACAGGAGACCUACGUCAAGUACCAAGAGCCACAAUUGCCACUCCACCAGUACAAGGAGAUUGACUGCGUUGUCAACAGUGACUAUACCGUCCAGGGAAGGCUGGAGAAUGGGGAGGUCUAUCUGCCAUUCUCCUUCAUCCACAAGUACUUUGAGAUACAGGGUCAAGUUGUACAGUACAAUGGUAUUGAGAGGUUCGAGUGGCAGCAUAGCAAUGCCAAGAUAUAUGUCCAAGACCCCUACAGGGUCGACGGUGUCUUUAUGUCCUUCCAUCACUACCACGUGGAAUCAAGAGACAGAGUCAAAUACUUCAGUGGAGUUGAAGGUAAGUGUCAUUGCAUCAAUUGAUUUCUGUUUUUGUAUUAUUUAUAAUGAUAUAAUAUAGGAUAAUUGAAUUGAGGACGUAUGCACUGUGUUGGUGCUCAAACCACUCAUUUUACCCCUGGUUAGGCUAGGUUAUAUUACCAGUUAUUAUUUUUCAAUCCAUACUCCACUUCUGUUGUUCUACAUCUCAGUCUUUUCCCUGGUCUUAUUUUAAGUAUAAUUUGACACCAGUGUAAUUCAGUUGGCAUGUAACUUUGCUUUUUAUAUUAUAGAUGAAAAUGGAAAAUGUUUAAAUCAUACUAAUGUAUUGUCAUUGUGAAGUUUAAAAGCAUAACAUAAUAUCAGAAACUAGUAAAUGAAUUCAUUUAUGUUGAAUGAUACUCCUCUAAUUCUGUUCCUGCUGACAUAGGAAAAAUGAGAAAUUUAUAGUCAAAACAAUUUUGAAGUUAAGGGCUCUCAUAUCGUGAAGAGGCUUGUAUGGAAUCAACCUUAUUCCGAUCAGCAGCGAUGAAAUAUUGUCAUAAAUCUAUCUCUGUUGUGAACGAUUAGCAGAAGAGUUGGCCGUGGUUGAUUUACAAAGGAGUGUGAUCAGAAGGAACAGUCUACUCAUCAUUAAAUGCCAGGCCAUUCGUUGUCCAAAC